GGACUCCAGGAUGCUUUGUUCCUACGGCUGCUGGAUUUCUCGAAGACAUUAGGUGCUGUUUCUGAACUCUAAAACCAGGCAUGAGAUUGCGUUGAUGUGGCUGAAUCAAGCUCCAACGUCAACAAAAAAUUGACAUGUAACAUGGAGAGGCACCAUUUUCCACGAUGGGUCACUUUCACAUGCAAGAUUUCCUCAGAGGUGAAGGGGGCAUUACAGUCAUUUUGGUGUCAGAAUUCAGACUUUCAGAGACACUUGAACAUGUCAGUUACAGUUAGGACUUAAAGAGAAGGGAAAGCGAGAGUUGGGGUAUAGUAAGAGAGAAAGAGAGCCAGCAAGUUAAAAGGACCCUGUAACAGAGCCAUGAGAUGAGAAAGUAGCUGCACCACUCCCUCCAUCAUUGAAGAGAAAUGGGUCUGGCUUUUUCUUGACAGUUCUUGCCUGCAGGCCCACGUUUUAGGUACCGGGUGUUUUUCCAGAUCAGAAAGAGAAGAAUUCUGAAUUGAAAAUUAGAGUUUUCCGGAAAGUUGGUUCUGUUAACCCAUUUCUGCGCAGUUUUUUCCAGGAACCAAGCUGCUUGAUGUUGUGAUUCUGGAUUAAUUUAUCGAAUUUCAAUGCUUAUUCGAAAUGGAUCAGUGAUGUCUGUUCAUCCUUCAUAUUCUCCUUGCCUCGUAUGAUGUGAUGUGAUGGUUCUCCAAUGGCAAAGAAGAAGAGCUGGUUUAAUCUGGUGAGAAGGCUUUUUAUUUCAGAGGCAAAGGAAAAACUAGAUAAGAAGGAGAAGAGGUGGAGAUGGAUGUUUGGACGGUUCAAGGUCAAGCGCCUUCAUGUACUUGCAGCUGCAUCUCCAACAAAGGAGAGGACACUGAGCGAGGUAGAAGAUGAGCAGAACAAACAUGCUAUGACUGUUGCAAUUGCAACAGCGGUUGCUGCUGAGGCUGCCGUAGCUGCGGCUCAGGCUGCUGCUGAGGUUGUCCGUCUCAGGGGGACAUCUAAAUCAUAUGCUCUAUGCGAAGGGAGAAGCCGAGAAUGGGCUGCCAUUAAAAUUCAAACUGCUUUCCGUGGUUAUCUUGCAAGGAAAGCACUGAGGGCGCUCAAGGCACUUGUGAAGCUUCAGGCUAUUGUUCGAGGUCGAGCUGUGAGACGCCAAGCUAUGACUACACUGAAGAGUUUGCAGUCCCUUGUAAAGAUCCAAUCUCAGGUCCGUGCAAAGAGACUUGGAAUAGUGGAGGAUAAUUGGACGGGUGAAGAGCAAAAAGAGUUGAUAGAUCCAAACAAGGAAUUGGAAGACAUGGGAACAAGGUUGGGGAAACUCAGAUUGGAAAGUCAGAGAAGGUGGGAUGACAGUUUGCUCACAAAGGAAGAAACAAAUUCCAUGUUCCUAACCAAGCAAGACGCCAUGAUCAAGAGAGAACGCAUAAAAAGAUACUCAUACAGCCAUCAGGAGAGGAGGCGAAGAGAAUCUGAACCAAAUAAUGUAGAUGGGAUGCUCAGCAACUGGUUAGAUCAUUGGGUGGAUACCCAAGCAUGGAAGCAGGAACAACUAGAGAAUUUUGACCGAAUUGCCUAUUUAAAUGCCAUAGACAGAGAUGUAGGAGUGGCACAUCUUAGACCAAGAGAAAUUCAAAAACAUGAAGACUUGCUAGGAAUGAAUUCCCCAUUGUCGCUUCCAAGAAGAUCAUUUCAUCAAUCAAAUCGGAGCUACAACAUGGACAAUGAUCUUUUCUCUGGUUUUUCUGCUCUUCCAAGUUACAUGGCUGCAACCGAAUCUGCAAAAGCAAAGGUGCGAUCGAUUAGCACACCAAGGCAGAGGCUGGGAGCUGCUGAUGCUUAUUCUGAUCAUGGUUCUCCAUCUAAGAGUAGGCAUUCCUUUUGUUCUACAAACGGUAGUGAUGCAACUUUCAUCAAUAGAAUUUGCAAGCCGAGUGGUUGUCAACAGAGAUCCCCACGAAUUAGAGGCAUUUCAGCUCCAAUAAAAUCAUACCAGACAUCUAAAGAUCUCAGCCUUGAUUCCAUAUUUUCAUUGCAAAACUGGGACCAACACAAAGCUUUUGGCUGACUUCCAACAACCACGUCUGCCAGUUGAUUGCUGGGUUGUUUACUAAACCUAACAGUGCAAUCCAAAAGCUCCAAGCUGAAGAUACUAUGUUUUCUUAAAAAAUGGAUCUUAUAGAUAUCCUAAAGACUUGAGUGAACAGAAUCUGUCACCAGUUCAAUGGAGAUGGAGUUGUGAAUAUCUUAAUAUCUGGUGUUCCUAGAUGAACAUUUGAAGAGUAAAUUUAAUUUUUGACAGUCUUUCUGUUUGCUUUUCUUUUUCCCUUCUUUUAGGAGGUUGCUUGUGUUCAUUUGUUAGUGUAAAUUGCAGAUUGAUGAUAUUCUUUGCAGAAACUUUGGAGGAUGUAUCCCUUUUGUGUGCAGGAGGUACGGUUGGUUUUGAAUGAAAUAUCAUACCAGUAUUCUUAAUCCAAUAAGUGCUAUAUUGUUUCUU